AUGCAGAUUUUUACAGAUUUUGCCUGCCAGAGUGCAUGUUUUCGUUUUAAGCAUUUAAGCACUUUGUAAAAAAUCUGGCAUCUCUGUUCUAACUUGAAAGGAAAUUCGAGAAAAUCCCGCAUUUCAAUAUAAACAAAAUAAACAACUUCCUCCCACACCCAGAACAGCCAACGAAAAUAGAGUGAUAACAUUUUCAAUAUUUUCGAACGUACGUAAUUAUGGACGAAAAUAAUACUCGGAAAAAUGCACAUAGCGAAUUGCCGUUAGCCGAGAAUGUUAGAAGCAGUGGCAGUGACUCGAGUGAAAGCAAUAAAAAAAGUAUAAAAACGCAAAAAGUAGUUGAAAACGAGAAGCGACGAUUGAGGAAAAUACUUAAAAAGGAAGAUAAGCAAAAGCGUAAACUCGAAAAACAACAGAGAAAGCUUUUAAAAAAACAGCGCAAAAUCGAAAAGCAGUCUCUCAAACUACAGAAAAAGGAACAGCGUUUGAGUGCACAUGCUACUGGCAAGGCUCUUUCCACAACGGCGGCAUCGGAAGAGGAUUGUGGUGUGCCAUUACAUUUGAUGGAUACAAAAGCCCGGGCACCUGAGACGAAAGAACAAUAUGAAGCAAGGCAAUCCGUUCUUCGGCGGAUUGUAGAUCCUGAAACUGGUCGAACACGUCUAAUAAAGGGUGACGGCGAAAUAGUCGAGGAAUGCGUCAGUAGAGAAAGGCACCAAGAAAUUAACCGGUUGGCUACAGCCAACGAUGGGGCAGAGUUUCAGCGUAGAACUAUUGGGUUGAAUGUGUCAUAAGAUGAAAUACGCAUAAACUUAUAUGAAAAUGAUGAUUAUUAACACGAAUAUGUAGGUCGGAAAUACAAUAUACUUCGAUAACAGUAAA